CAGAUCGUCCUUGUUCGCGGGACAUUCUCGCUGUAUCCUUUGUGAGUACGGAUAGCACGCGGUGCACUCCACCGAGUGAGUAGCCAGUAGUGUGAAUCGAGUAGACCUCGUUGUCACUGGGUGUGCAGUCAAAGGACGCGACAAUGGAAAAUCGCUGCAGCACGUGCAAUUUUGGUGCAGCAAAAAUCCCAUCCUUUCGCGCUGGACACAUUCGCCACUAACGUUAGCCAGAGUCGGUUUUGUGUCGAGUUUUGUUGAACAAUGAUGUUAACGGCCGUGUUUUAAUUGCAACUACCGCCAAACAUGAGUUUCGAGUGCGUGACGUCAUCAGUGAUAAAUUUAAAGUUGAAUUUGCGGUUUUGUGUGCUUUCCGGAAGCAAAUGUUUUUUAGGCUAACCAGAGUGAUUGAACGUGGUAACAAGUGUUGCAGCUUGCAAAUCACGACAUUUUUACGGGAGAACAUAGAACAGCCAUUAUUGCGGCCCAUCUCGUCUUCCAUGUUUUUGUACCACGAAGCACUAUGCUCCCCGACUGGCUAGAGGAACUCCAUUAUAUUGGUUACAAUAAGUUGUGAUUCAGCAACUAAGUGUGGAGCAAUCUAUGUGGUUGAUAUAGUGACGGAUCGGGAAGAUUCUUUGUGAACAUUGAACUGCGAAAUGUUUACGAAAUUACGUCAAGUCUCGAAUUUGUAGAAAAUAAAACCCAAUUAACAAAUUGUUUCGUGAAAUGUGUAUAAUAUCAGGAACCCAAUGUGCGGCUAAGAAGUUUGUAAAUGUUCGUGAUUGAUCAACAUUGAUAUGCAGAGAGAUUGGUGGCAAUAACAAACCUAGAUUGAGUUGUGGAUCAGGAUGAAGUGGACCAUCUUCCAACUACUUAUUUUAAUCGGCUUAUCGUUCUCCUUAGCCCCAAACGAAAUUCUAAUUUUAAUCCUGAGCCAACCUGAUGCAUAUCACAAUGGGCUAGCAAAAAAUGUGUAUGACAAUAUAACUCACCAAUCUUCGCAUUUGAACAGCACUAAUCCAAUCAACGUGAAAAUAUUACAUGAGAUCGUCGAUCAGCCAGGAUACUGGACAUUUUUAGCAAUUUUACCCCAUUUAGAAGAACAGCGCAUUGGUCCAAAUAUUAAAUGGGUUGUCCUGUGCGAGGAUCAAAGCGUCAUCGAUUUGAAACUUUUAUUGGACGGUUUGGAGGAAUGGAACUGGAAGCAGGAGAUUUUUAUAGGUUACCCAGUACAUGAUAAAGAGGCUACAAUUAUUCAUCACUUUGCCUUUUUUGAAAGGCCCCAAUGGUUUUCUUAUCCGCUUAUAAGGUCCGGCGUAGCGUUCACAUCGCCGUUGAUUAACAAGCUAACGAAACGUGUUCAGGAAGAAAAGCCCUCAUCCGAGUUUUUUAUAGAUGCAUCCCAUGAGCUUUCGUUAUUUAUCUGGCAUCACAUCAGAGCAACAGCGGAAAAUAAUAAACUGAAAUCCAGACCAGAUGUAUCUUUGCGACAUAGUACAAGUUGUCAGGAAGGUGAGGGUAAGAUUGUCGACGAAGGUGGAGGUGGUUGUGCAGUUGAAUCGCCAGGGAACACCAGAGCUGCCACUAAAUUAUCCAGGGCGAGUGGUCAUAAAUUACUGAUGGCAGCAUCACCUUACUUCUGCCGGAUCAAACGACACGGCUGUGCCAUCUAUGCACGCGAACCAAAAUCAACAUGUGACCGUGUCGAUAUCGAAGAAAUCUACUUUGCGAUUAAAACAUACCAUAAAUUUCAUGGUGAAAGGAUACCAAUAAUCGAAAAGACCUGGGGCCAAUACGCCGUACAUAAAAAAUUCUUUAGCGACAUUGCUGAUGAUACGAUACCGACGUUCACAACAAAUGUACCCAAUACGGAAACAGGACAUUGCGCUAAGACGUUAUCGAUUUUCAAGUUAGCUUUAAAGGAUAUUGAUGAAAUAAAUGUUUCAGCCGAUACUAAACGACUUCAGAAACCAAUUAAAUGGAUCUUCUUGUGUGACGAUGACACACUGCUUAGCGUUUCCAGAGUCUGUGAUAUUUUAGGGUGCUUCAAUGCUACUGAACACAUCUAUCUGGGCGAACGAUAUGGCUACCGGUUACACUCAAAAGAUGGAUUUAAUUACAUAACGGGAGGUGGUGGUAUGGCUAUUAGUUUGCCAACAGCCCGUAAAAUUGUCACUUCGUGUGUUUGUCCGUCGAUAUCAUCACCGGACGAUAUGAUAAUUGGAAUCUGCCUGCAACGCUUGGGGAUUAAAGCCAUACAUUCGCCCAGAUUUCAUCAGGCCAGACCAUCCGAUUAUGCGGCAGAUAUACUGUCCCUUGACGACCCUGUAUCAUUCCACAAGUUCUGGCAAAUCGAUCCAGUCAGGACGUAUUCAAAGUGGUUCCAGCUGGCUGACCAACAGAGAUGUUUACAUGCAACAGAAUCAAAUAAAUCAUUUUGUGAUAUUAAUGCUAAGCAAAGUACAAACUACGUAAAGAAAUCGAAGAAUGGUGAUACAAGUCGGAGAAAAACGCAUCAUAUUGAAUUGUAAUAAUUAUACGGUUUUUUAUUAAGAGUCUUAAUUUUAGAAAUUAUUGCAAUAAAGUACGUUAAAUAUGUUACUAAACUGAUAUAUUUCUCGCCCCAAACUUGGACGGCAUUCCUUCCUUUGAAAUCUUUCCAAA